GCAGGAAGUCGAAGAAAUUUCCACGCUAAGCUGUGAGAGGAGCAGAUCCUUUCAGCUCUGAGAGGUCAUGGUGGAAAAUCAGUUUUAAAGAAGAGUCAGAUGGCAACAGAGCAGAGCUGAUACUGACAGGUUGGAUUGGAGUGAUUUUCACAAUCCAGAAAAGACAGACACUGGUUUAAAAUGUUUGGAAAUUCUGGACCUUUCUCUUACGCCCCAAGGGGUUUCUCACUCGAUGAUCUCCCUACACAGAGAAGAUCUCUCCAUCAAGAUGACUACAGGGGUUCCUCACUGCAGAGAAACAACCCGUCCAGACCCAGUGGAAAAUCAAUAUAUCUGCAGAGAAAGGAGUACUCUGAGGAGCUGAACAGAAAACCUGACAACCUUCAUUUCAGAGUGGAGCACCUGUUCACCUGUGAGCUGGACGGCCAGGAGGUGAAGACAGUGGAAGGUUGCGUAGCAAAGCUCAAGAGGUUGGAUGCUAAAGGUCGUAUAUGGUCCCAGGAGAUGAUCAUUGAGGUUCAGGGAAGGUACCUGCUGCUCUCUGACAUCGAGACAAAGGCUGAGCUUGAGGUGCUGCCUCUCAGCUCCAUCCUGCAAACUAAAGCCGUUCUGGACAGCUGUGCCUACAAUUCCUUACUCGCAAUCACAGUGCAGGAUCGAAACAAACGCAUGUCCCAGGUCUACAUGUUCCAGUGUGAGGAGACCGGGGCGGAGCUCAUCAAGAGUGACCUAGAUAAGAAGGUUCAGAGUGGAGGGGCGGAUGUGGAGCCACGCAGAGAGCCGACUGACAUCAGGACUGAUCUAGAGAAUCUAAUUGGGCAGCAUGCUCCAGGAGGUUUUCGGCAUCCUAGCCCUCGUCCUAUGCAGGGAGAGAGGUCCCCACCACCACCACCACCCGACCAUCCACCCCCACGAUGGGUCAACAGAGAACCAGAAAACAUGUUGCCUCCCCGUGGCUACAGCCCUCAAGAACCCAUGGACCUUCCUGAAUUUAAUGGCAUGCGGAUUAGCCAAGAAGACCCUUUUACACCUGAGCUUACAGAUGAAGAGAGGAACACGGAAAUUCUAAAUCAUGUCAUAAAUGAUAUGGAGAUCUUUAUGGAAAAAGUUUCUGCAGCAGUAAAUGCAUCAUCAGAGCAAGAGGGCAAGAGCAAGAAGAAAAAAAAGUCGAAGAAAAAAACAAAGGAAAAUACUGUCAGUAAGCCAUCAUGGGAGGAAUACACCUUUUUUCUUCAGAAAAUCAAAUAUGGAUUCAAUCUGCUGGGCCUGCUGGAUGGGGUACUGACAGGUCCCACUGCUCCGGAGUAUGUCCACAUUUUCUUCAACAGUUUAGGCUUGAUGGUUCCUCAGUAUCCUGUGGACCUGCCUCCCACUGUACUUGCCCCCCUGCUGACAGUGUCAGCCCUGCGGUUGCUCAGCCAGGUGGUCACCCCAGAGGAGGACGACCUGUGGAGGUCACUGGGAGACCCCUGGAACAUCCCCAGGUCUCGAUGGCCGGAUGAUAACAUCCCGGUAUACAUUCCAGAAUUUUAUGACGGCUGGCAGCCGCCUCCCCCCUCAGGCAUGCCAUCUCGACUCCCUUUUCAGAACGGUCCAAUGAGGAGCAACAGCCAGCGCUUCACUGUGGACUAUGGCCAACGAGAAGAGCCCAUGUCUAACGGUCCAUGGAGCACACAACCACCACCACCAUCAUUUCCUCCACCACAGCACUCCAGAGAACCUCCUCUGUACAUGCGGGUCAUUUAUGACUUCAUGGCCAGAAACAAUCGAGAGCUGAGCCUCAUGAAGGGUGAAGUGGUCCAGGUGGUUCAGAAAUCAAAGCAAUGGUGGCUCGUUCGCAACUCUCGAGAUGAGGAAGGAAAUGUACCACAAAAUGUUCUGGAGCCAAUGAACAGCGGUGGUGGGCACAUGGAAGAUCUACCUCAGGACACUCGGGGCCCUGUGACUCUGGACAUGACCUCGUCAUCUGCAGAGGUCAAAGCCUGGCUGGGCUACAAAGGGUUCUCCAAACUCACUGUGAACACCCUGGGGGUGCUGAAUGGUAAGCAGCUUCUGGGAAUGACCAAAAAUGACAUAAGGAUGGCAUGUCCAGAGGAAGGAGGAAAAGUCUUCUUCCAGCUUCAGGCUGUUAAGUCAGCCAUUGCACUCGCCAGUGAGCCAUCAGGUCCUUACAGUCGCUACUAAAAAGAAACCUGCAUCAUUGCUCCUUUAUUUUACCCUUAAGUUUCAUCCACGGAUCAACAUGUGGAACUAUUAGUCCCCACAUUUUCAAUGUGAGGGUUCUUGUUUGUACACUUGCUUUUCCAGCAUUUAUUUAAGGAAACAGCUCUGUGAAUAAAAACGUUUUGAAUUUAGAUUUUAUCACCAACAGUAAUACUGUAACAUUUAAAUUCAUCCUGAUUAAAUUCAUUACUUCAUUUCAUGUAGUUAUUUCAUUAAAUGUGUAAAUCAAUCUACACACCAACUAUUUAAUUCUCACUGUCUUAUAAACAAACACCCUUCAUUAAAAUCUUUAAAUUCACUCUUAGAUGCAUGUAGUGUACAUACAGUCAUGUUUAAACUGAAUCCCAAUCUCCAACUAAAAAUGUCAG